AUGGACUUUUGGAGUUCGGGGUCAUCAUGGUGUUUCCUUAUAGAAUGGGCGACGACGGCAUCUGGACAGCACGCCAUCCAACCGGACUUGUUGCAACGCAAAUUAUUCCCCAACUGGAAAGAAACUACUGGCCAUUUGCAAACCUGGAUCUGCUCUAAAGCACUCGCACCGCACCAAGGACUUCAUUCCCCAUUUUGGAGAUGCCGAAUCAUAGCUAUGGACCAGCUUGUGGCAGUACCACCCAUCGGACAGUGGCCGUGGAGAAGAAAGGCCUUGACCCCCACAACCGAGACUCCCAAACCCUUUUGGAUCUCGCGUCAGCUCAUUGAGCUCAAACAAGAAAUUACAGGGAGGAGAUACAUCUCCAACGUGGGUGAGUUCUACGUGGUCUGGCCUGCCCACCUUUGCGAUACAACGGUCAAGACAUUCCAUCCAUUAUGA